CCACCUGCAGCUCCGGCUUCCUCCGCCUGGCGUAACUCUUGCCAUACCUGGCGAGGCCACGUCAGGGGCUCCAGCCACGGCCGGUCGCUCGGAUCCCUCCGCACCAUGAUCCCCGCUCGAGGCGGGGGCUCCAUGCCUCCGCCGCCCAACGCCACUGCCUAUUACCCCCCGCCACGCGUGAAUCUGCCCUCCGGCUUGGAAAUCCUGCGCACUUACUCGGGGGCCUUCAUCUGCCUGGAGAUCCUUUUUGGAGCACUUGUGUGGAUACUAGUAGCCGCUACAAAAGUUCCUUUGCCUCUGCUACAAGGCUGGGUGAUGUUUGUAUCUGUGACGGCCUGUUUCACCUCCGUCGUCUUCCUUUCGGUCUUUCUCUUCAGCUACCGAGAGAGAAUUGCCAUCGACUGGAACCGUUUGGAUUUCCUUUACCACGCUGCCGUCUUUGUCUUCUACUUUGGGACCUUCUUACUGCAAACUGCAACCACCUCUUUGCACAGUCACCCCCUUAAGACGACCAAUUUCGCCCCCAACGUCACCCAUGGAGCACUUCUAGAUAGCCAUGAAUAUAAUUUAAGCAUAGCAGCUGCGAUUUUUUCCUUUGUAACAACGGUGUGCUACGGGUGCAGCACCACCCUGGCUUUAAGAAGAUGGAAAUUAUAGCAUCAGAAAGAGGCCACCAGCUCCGCUACAUCCUAGCUGAUUUUGACACCUGCUCAAAUCUCAAACAGAGUCCAACUUGUCCAUCCGAGAGGAGUGGCGUUCAAAAGAAUGUUUUGGAAGACAUCUGUCGUUUUCUAAAGCACUGAGAUGAACAUACUCAACUCAUGCCAUAUGUAUAUAUACACUCUCAGGGGUGGUGGUGGUGGGAGAAAUCGGUGUUUAUGUUGAGAUUGUAUCGCAGCUGCUAUCUCGGUUCAGCAGCACCAUUUCCCUUGUCUCCCAAAAGUGGACGUAGUAUUAAGAACCCAAGUCUUAGGAAAAGAAGGGAUUAUUAUCAGUUUGGGAUGCAACAAAAUUCCUAGCUUGACAAGAGGCAGACAUAGCAAUAGUGUAUAUAUAUUUAUAUUCUUUCUUCAGUGAGAAUAAG